ACCUGCGGCGCCAUGGCAGCUCUGGCCCUGCUGCUGGCUCUGCUGCCCCUGGGCGCCUGGGCCCAGCACGGCUCCGGGUGGACCUACUCAGCGGGGACACUGGACGAAGCGCACUGGCCAAGGGAGUACCCCACCUGCGGGGGGAUGAGACAGUCACCCAUCAACCUGCAGUGGAGAAAGGUUCAGUACAACCCCUCCCUGAAGGCUCUGAACCUGACAGGCUACGAUGUCCAGGCAGGCGAGUUCCCCAUGAUCAACAACGGCCACACAGUGCAGAUCAGCCUGCCCCCGACCAUGCGGAUGACGGCCACCGACGGCACCGUGUACAUAGCCGAGCAGAUGCACUUCCACUGGGGUGGCGCAUCCUCAGAGAUCAGCGGCUCUGAGCAUACCAUCGAUGGAAUCAGAUUUGUGGCUGAGAUUCACAUCGUUCACUACAAUUCUAAAUACAAGAGCUUCGCUAUAGCCCAGAGUGAACCCGAUGGUUUGGCUGUGCUGGCAGCCCUCGUUAAGGUCAAGGAUUACGGUGAAAACACCUACUACAGUGACUUCAUUGCUCACCUGAACGACAUCCAGCAGCCAGGACAAAGCACGGUUCUGAGUGGCCUUGACAUUCUGGACAUGCUCCCCGAGAACACCCACCACUACUACAGCUAUCAGGGGUCCCUCACCACUCCUCCCUGCACUGAGAACGUCCACUGGUUCGUGCUAGUCCAUCACGUGCCGCUCUCCAGUGCACAGAUUUGGAAGCUAGAGAAUUCCAUAGUGGAUCACGAGAACAAGACUCUCCACAAUGGCUAUCGCAGGACCCAGCCGCUGAACAACAGAGUGGUGGAAACCAACCUCAUGAGUCUCCCCAACCUGCUUCCUGAGUUCCAGCUUUAUAUAAACAAACUCGACAGUAAGCUCGAAUACUUGAGAAGACUUAUUGAAAAGAAGAAUGUGAAAGAAAAACGCUACAGACGGAAAGCUUGAAGCGGGAGGUGUGCAGGACGAGGUGGCCCUUCCCCCGAGCCCACGCCCUGCCCGUCUCCCCUGGCUCCCCCAACUCCGACAAACCCUGUGUCGAGAUCCCCUGUUCAGUUUCUGAGUAAGACAGGGGAAACCAUCAUCCGUGAGCAGAAGUGAGGUGGUGUAAGGGUAGGAGAAGGGGUUUGUUAGAAGACACCAAAGGGAAUUAAUUGGAAUACAAAUUUAAAGGAACUGGAGCCCUACGUAUCUUCCUAUCGAAUCAUGCGUGUUGAUCUGUGUAAAUUACAAAGCAGCCCGGGCUGCCCUAUGGGAUUUAGGUGUAAUAAAACGUCUUUGGGAAUUUGUCAUUUGAAAAUUUCUCUUUUCUCUUCCUUUGUACCACUUUGAAUACGCCUUCU